CCAUCGCGCACAGCUAGCCCCAGAAGGGUCGCAAGGCUCCUGAACCCGAGAGAGCCAAGUAGGUAUACAGGCCGUGGAACGCAGAGCUGCUGUUGCACUCAGACUUGCCGCCAGCAAGAGUGAGGGUGUGUGUUUAACAUUUAACAAUCCAAAGCACGGUGCGAGUCUGGCGCCGCCACCUAGAGCUCGCCCUCAUGCACCUGCCACGUCCCGUGGAGCUGGAACGCGGCGACGCGCUCAGCGCCGCCGCAGCGCUACUCCUGCCGGCGGAGGACCCGGACACAGCCACCGUCGGCACUGGCGGUGCCGAUGGCGCAGCCGGCGACGUCGUCGCCGGCCGCUGGGUCGCGCGCACCUACCAGCGCGACACGGCGGCUGCGGCUGCGGCGGCGGCUGCGGCGGCGGCGGCGGCGGCGGCGCUGCUGUCGCGGCUGGUCGCGGAGGCGGGGCAGGGGAGCAGCGCGCGUUGGAAUACGAGACGCUGCCUGCUGGCCACGUGUACGGCCGGCUCCUAGGUAGGGGACGGCCGGCCCACCGACUGCUGGACCUGCCGCCGCAGUUCAGGGCAGCAGGCGUGAUGACCACGCACCGU